AUGAUCCAGGAUGCUAUAAUGAAAAAUAUAAAAGAUCUGUACAAAAAACAUACUCAACAAAGAACCAGCAAAUCACGAAUAUAUUACCUGUGUAAACAAAAGGGCCAUAUCGCAAAAAACUUGGAAUUUAGUAAAAAGAAUGAUAAGAAUGAUAGGAAAUACUUGGAGGUAGAAUUGUUGGACGAAGAGGAGUGUGGCAAUGUAAGGGCAUUUGGCAAAAGAAAAAAAGCAACAAUGUAA